AUCCGGGGAGACCAUUAUCUCUGCUCAUCGAACGUCUGGGGGUUCUCAAACAUGAAGAAGUUCUUCGACUCCCGGCGGGAGCUGGGCGGAUCUGGCUCCGGGGUCGGCGGAGGAUCGGUCAGCGGUCUGGGCACCGGAUACAUCGGCAGAGUGUUCACCAUUGGGAGGCACCAGGUCACCGUGGACGAGGUCCUGGCUGAAGGUGGAUUUGCACUGGUCUUCCUGGUUCACACCAGCAAUGGGAUGCGGCGUGCUCUGAAGCGCAUGUAUGUGAAUAAUGAGCAUGACCUCCAGGUUUGCAAGAGAGAGAUACAGAUCAUGAGGGAUCUCUCUGGGCACAAGAACAUUGUCGGAUACAUAGACUCCAGUAUUAACUCUGUGAGCAGCGGAGAUGUGUGGGAAGUUCUUAUACUUAUGGACUACUGUAAAGGUGGGCAAGUUGUAAAUCUGAUGAACCAGCGUUUGCAGACGGGGUUUACUGAGGCCGAGGUCCUCCAGAUCUUCUGUGACACAUGUGAAGCAGUGGCUCGCCUCCACCAGUGCAAGACUCCCAUCAUCCACCGAGAUCUCAAGGUUGAAAAUAUCCUACUUCAUGACCGCGGUCACUACGUCCUGUGCGACUUUGGAAGUGCAACAAAUAAAUGUCAAAAUCCCCAGACUGAAGGCGUCACCGCUGUGGAGGAUGAAAUCAAAAAGUACACCACACUUUCCUACCGUGCCCCUGAGAUGGUGAAUCUUUACAGUGGCAAAGUCAUCACCGCCAAGGCGGAUAUCUGGGCUCUGGGAUGUCUACUUUACAAGCUGUGUUUCUUUACCCUGCCAUUUGGUGAGAGUCAGGUGUCUAUCUGUGAUGGGAAUUUCACUAUUCCAGACAACUCCCGGUACUCCCAUGACAUGCACUGCCUCAUCCGGUACAUGCUUGAGCCAGAUCCAGAGAAGAGGCCGGAUAUCUACCAAAUUUCCUAUUUUGCCUUUAAGCUAACAAAGAGGGAAUGCCCUGUGCCCAAUGUACUUGACUCUGUUAUCCCUGCAAAACUACCUGAAUCAGUGAAAGCAGGAGAAGCCGCUGCUAAGAAAACCCAGCCGAAGGCCAGGCUCACCGAUCCAGUUCCAACAACUGAAACCUCCAUUGCACCUCGCCAGAGGCCCAAAGCUGGCCAGACUCAGCCAAAUCCGGGGAUACUUCCAAUUCAACCAGCCCUGACCCCAAGGAAAAGGCCCACUGUUCAGCCUGCUGCUGCUACCCCUGGACCAGCUGGAGGCAUUCAGCCCACAGCCCCUGCUGUAGUUCAGCCUGCUGUGAAACCAGUGGCUCAGCCCCAACAGCAAGUGAAGCCUGCCCAGCCUUCCCCACAGCCUAACACCACAGUGACCACCACAGCUCAAGCUGCAGCAGCUCUGCAGACCCCAGCAGCACAGGCAGCUCAGCCUGCACCUCUUCCGCCACAACAGCAGCAGAUGUAUCUGAAGCAGCAGCAACUUCUUCAGCAACAGCAAGCGGCAGCAUUGUAUCAGCAACAGAUGCUGCAGGCUCAGCAGAUACAAGCCAUGCAGCAGCAGCAGAUGAUCCAGGCUUACUACCUUCAGCAGCAGCAGCUCAUGGCCCAGCAGGCUGUAAUGCAACAGAAAGUAGCUCAGCAGGCUGUAAUGCAGACCCCCUUACCUGCUCAGCUCCAGGCUGUGCCAGCUGCUGUGCAGGUGCCCACUGCCCAGGACCAGGGGAUCCAAGCUCCUGUAAGGGCCAUCCAGAAACCACAGCCAGCGGCCAAACAGCCCAGUUCAGGGCCGAAAUUGGGAUCCCUUACUCCUCCUUCCUCUCCGAAGACCCAGCGUGGAGGACACAGGAGGAUACUGAGUGAUGUCACGCACAGCGCCGUCUUUGGUGUUCCUGCUAGUAAAUCUACUCAGCUUCUCCAGGCAGCGGCUGCUGAAGCCAACCUCAAUAAGUCAAAGUCAGCUACAACAACCCCCUCUGGCUCACCGAGGACUUCCCAGCAGAAUGUCCACAAUCCACCGGAGCCUUCUGGCUGGAACCCUUUUGAUGAUGAUAACUUCUCAAAACUCACCGCUGAGGAACUCCUAAACAAGGACUUUGCUAAACUGGGCGAGAGUAAACCACCAGAGCAAUUGAGCAGCUCAUCGGAGGACCUGCUGUCCGGCUUCCCAGCACCCCCUGCCGUGUCUCAAGCGGAUACCUUUGGCCCCUCUCUGUUUUCCAGUGGAACAGCUGCGGAUAAACCCGUAGACGCGCAGGGUCGGGGUCCCAGCCCUCCGCUGCACAAAACGCCUGACCCUUUCUUACCUCUCCCUCUAUCUGACACUCCAGAAAAAUUGAUUGAGGGUCUCAAAUCUCCAGAGCCCCAGCUUCUGCUGCCUCACCUUGUACAGCUGGCAGAUCCCUUUGGGAGCACCUCCGAGGCUUUGAAUGGAAAAGCUGAGCCUGUGGUGGAGAGCCUCAUUCCAGGACUUGAGCCUCCUAUGCCCCAGCGCCUCUCAUCCCAGGCCGACUCCAUUGCUUCAAAUCGUACAGAUUCCCUGACUGGGGAGGACUCUCUUCUUGACUACUCUAUUUUAUCUAACCCUGCGGCUGACCUACUUGAUGAUUUUGUCCCUGUAACUCUUUCUGCUCCAACAUCUGCAGACGAUACUAACCUCCUAACGGGCUUUGAUAUCCCGGACGAUACAGAAAAAACAGCUGAUGAUGAGUUUGAUCCUAUACCUGUACUGGUAUCCAAAAAUUCCCAAGGUUUGCUUCAAGGUCCUCAUGCUUUCCAACUGGGGAAUGAUGGAACUCCUAAAGUUCCUGGUGGUGGAGUUGCCACUCUUUCUACUGAUGACACUGGCAUUUUAGAGUUGAAGGCUGAAUGCCCAUCAAAAGGGCCAUCUAGUUGCAGUUCAUUUCAUAGCAGUGAAGAAGAAGGUACAGACAAUGAGAAUGAUCUGUUAGAUUGCAGUGGAUCUAGACCACUUCUGAUGGAAUCCGAUGAAGAAGAAGGUUCUAAAAAGACCAAGGAAACAGCAUAUGUUAAACCCCACGAAGAUCUUAUUUCAAACCAGAUGCCCAAUGCAUAUACAUUUACAGACCGACUGAACCAAAUCUCUGGAGCAGGCUUUAGUGAAGAACCGGAUGUAUUUGCAACAGCUCCAUUCAGGAGCUCCAAGGUGACACAGGAUGAUUCUGAUAUAUUCACUAAGGCUCCAUUUGUGGCAAAGCCCAAUGCUGUUUUGAGCCAGACAGAAGAACCUGAUGUCUUCCUUAGAGCUCCUUUCACAAGGAAAAUAAGUGUUGAAGAGACAGAUCCUACUGCCACAUCUCAAGCUCGUGCAUCUCUCCAAGGGCUUGACGUGGCAUCAGCAGCUAAUUCCACAUUCCGAAACACAGACUUGAUGGUGGGAGGCACUUCCAUGAAGACUUCAUACACUACUGGAAACCUGUCUGCACAUUCCAGCAGAAGCAUUGAGUCGUCUGAGGCCUCUUUGUACCUGAACGCUUCCAAGGACCUACAGAGUGCAGAGAAUCACAAGAUCCCCAGCCACGAGGCAGCCCAGGAGAUUGUGUUUGGGACUGUGCUUACAAAGCCAUUCCGCCCUCAGUCUUUGUCCAAAUAUUCCCGUCACUACAACCCUGAAGAAUUGCAGCCCGUUGAAGCACAGCCCAUUGCUGCUUAUAAAGUUGUGUCUCACGUUGCAAAAGCCUCUGUGGCUGGAUCAGUUCCCAUCAACCCAGUGACUUACAGAACUUCAGAUAUCUCAAGUGCAGAUCCAUUUGGCUCGGCUCCCUUUCCUGCCAAAGCUGGAAGACAAAAUCCAUAGAAUAUGAUCUAUAUAGUUUAUGCUUUGUCUCUUAGAAUUCCCCAGACAUUCAUACCCGGUGUUGCAAUGCACUUCCUAUUAAUGCAUUAAUCCUUUGGUUGUUACUUCACACC